AUGGAGGAUUUCGAACAAAAAAACGAAAAAAUUGAGAAAUUAGAAGAACUACAGGAGAAGCUUGAACAAAAUGAGAGGGAGUUUCAACUACGUUUCCGAAACGUGCAGGAGGAGGCAAAAGAAGACAUUCGCCAGUUGAUAAUUAAGAUGUUAGCUAAUCUCUUAAAACGGACAGAAGAAAAUAUGGACAAUGAGAUCGACAAAACCUAUCGAGUUCAAACUAAUUUUUCCAGAAGAAACAAAGUGGCGAGGGAUAUUAUUGUCCACUUUGUAAAAAAAAGGAUAAGGGAUGAGAUCCUAAUUCAAAACAGUCGAAACCCAAUGUACCACAAGGGCAAAAAAGUAAUCGUAUUAAAAGAAUUCCCUCAGGCAACAUUAAACAGAAGAAGGAAGUUCUUUUUCCUGACAGAUGAACUGAAACGGUUGAGAAUAAGAUUCCAUUGGGAGAAAAAAGAAGGUAUAAUGGUCACAUAUAAAGAGGAAAAACACUGGUUAACUUCAGAAGAUAAGGCUAAAGAUUUUUACAAGAGGUAUAUAAAGGGAAAAAGUGAAACACCCUCUGAAUCCACUCCCCCCUCAGUGAAAAGAAAGAAAGCUAAAAGAGCGAGAUACCAUUCGGAGGAAAAACAGAAAUUCAAAACGGAUUCAUUCUACAAAUUAGUAAAUGUGACAGAUGAGGGAGAAGAAGAGGGAUCGGAAGAAGAAGAAGAAAGAGAUACGAAGGAAGUAGAAGUAGAGGAAGAGGGAAGCGUGUCGGAAAAAGAACAGGAAUCGGAGGAUGACAAAGCGCGGAUGACACCAGUCAACCCCCAUGAAAAUGAUGACGAGAAGGUGGAGGAGAGCGAUGACAAAGGGGAAAGGCCUCCAGGAAUCCCAGCUACAUUCCAACCUGAACCUCUGGUGCCCCUGGCGAACGCCGGGCGUGGCACAGAGCAACGGGAGGCAGCAGUGAGGCCUCCGGGGCCUCAAGGGGGCUUGCGACGGGCGGAACAUUGGGGAUUGCCACCACAGGGACCCCAGCAGAGACGAGAGGAGCUGAAGAUAGAGUAUGGAGGAGAGUCCUCUGAACUGGAUUUUUUCCUAACGACCGUGAGAGGCUACAUGGAGGACAACGGCCACACUUUCCGGACGGAGUCCAGCAGGGUCCGAGCCAUCGGAGCGGUCCUGAGAAGGGGAGCAGCCGGUUGGUAUGUCCAACUGCAUGCCAGAAACGACCCAUGUCUGGGGUCGGUAAGGCGCUUCUUAGCGGCACUAGAGGAACGCUUCCGAGACCCGCUCGAGCGGAUUCAGGCGAGGGAGAAACUGAAAACCAUCUGCCAGGGGCAGAGGUCGGUCUCCCAGUAUGCUGAGGAAUUCCAGUGCCUAGCCGAGAGGAUCCCAGAAUGGUCGGAAGUCACCAAGCUGGAAAUAUUUAAAGAAGGGCUACGAUGCGAAGUCCUUAUUUGGGCAGCGCAUCGGGACGAUCCGGGGACAUUAAGAGGCUGGAUCCAGUUGGCGGGCCGUGUCGAGGCCACAUUGGCCCAAGUAAAGAGGCAUCGAGGGGAUCAGCAGCAGCAGCAUCCGAAGCCGAAGAGAGAGGGCAGGAGAUCCGAGCAACCCCCAACCAGGAGACAGGCCGAGGUGAAGAGAAGCGGCGGAGGAGCGAGAAAGGAGUGCUUUGUGUGCGGACGUGCUGGCAGAGGAAAGGAGGAGGGCGCAAUCAGCCCAAACAGCAGGCAGCAGCAGGAAAGCGUGCUGAAGAAGAGCAAGCAGCAAGGGGCCCUUCGGAGGAAUUGGAAGAAGAGGAGGAGGAAAUCAUGUCAGGACCAUAAUUUCUGGGCCUGCACUCUGGCGCCAGUAAUCAAGGAUGCUGACAUCAUAACACUGAUAAGGCACCUGCAGCUCUCAGCUCUGAAGGAAAACGGCUGUGUGCGAGCGGGAAGAAUUGUGCGGGGUUUUCUCUGGGCGGGAAUUGUUACUUUGAAUAUGGGGGAAGAGUAUAUAAAGGAAUCUUCCGGGGUUGACCAGCAAUCUUGGCUUUAUAUGUGUGUACAGUAUUCUUCAGUAAAGUUUUUGGUGACAACAGAGAGAGUCUCUUGUGUUCAUUCGGAGGCAGCUGGAGUGAGCUGA